GGCACCUGGGAGGGUCCCGUGAGGCUUCUGGUGGUGCUGACACCUGUCCGUGGAAAUUGAGGUGCUUACAAUUCAUAAAUAAACCAGAAAUCCAUUCAAUAAAAAGAGAUAAAAAUAGCAGAAAGAGGAAGCUACAAGAAAACAUACGAACUCCAUAAAAUUAUCACCACAGACUGGACGUGCCCCUUUCUAAAUGUAAAAGCGGUUUAUAGCAACAUAGCAUGGCCUGAGUCACGGCACGAUCCCUGGGGUUAGUUUCGUUUCAUCAGAUGUCGGAGUGCCUCGGUUUCCCACCCUGUGCAUCGGGGUGGUGAGGAAGUGUGCAGGGUUAAAUGCCAGGUGCGUGGCACCCGUGUGUGGGGUGUGCUCAGCGCUGGCAUCCUCAUCUCACCGCCCCUCACCACGCACCGGACACGCACCACAUAUGCAUCAGACAUGCAUCAGACACACAUCAGACACACACCAGACACUCACCACUCACCAGACAUGCAUUGGACACGCACUGGACAUGCAUCGGACACACAUCAGACAUGCAAUCCAGCCCGACCCACUUCCUCCUCCCUGCCUUCCUGCCAGGCAGGCACAGGCCCAUGUGGUGGGGUCCUCAGUGCCUGUGCGGGGGCAGGGGGCUCUCGGGAAAUGGUGACGCCGUCUCACGGCGAGGUGGCCAGGUGAACCCCGAGGCCUGGGUUGCUCUGAAGCUGCUGCAGCUUCCUGACAAGCCGGCUGCUGGAGUUUGUGCCAAUGGAGGGUGUCCGUUCCAUUCUCUGGCAGCUUGGCUGUUGGUGCCGGUGGUUCUGAGAUUCCUCCACGGUGAACGAAGCUUGAUUUACGCCUUUUGAUUACGCAUUUGCCGCAAGGCCCAGAGCUGUGCGUGCUCCCGCUGGGCUUCUUGUGUGAGAUGCACCGCGGCCGGGACAGCCUGGGCACCUGCCACUCUGGAGCAGGAAGUGAAGCCUCCAGCCCUUGGUUCUUGGGGCUCUGCCGGGAGCGAACGGGGCUGGAAACGCCAAGUCCAGGCUGCUUCCGCACAUUCAAACACCACGGCUUCCUGCCGUCACUUAGGCCUCAGUGGCCCUAAAAGUUGCUCUAGGACGUACAGAAGAGGCCGUUUUGUUGUUGUAAAAAUCCCAAAUGUUUUGUGGAUUACUAUUAAUUGUUAACGCUUGUCCUGUGAGUAGCUCGUCACCUGAGGCCUUGUCGUGAAUAUUAAAAUGCGCGUCUGCUGUCCCUUUUGGCUUCGAGGUUGAUAGUGGUUUUUCCUGCCAGUGGGGACGCUGUCUGCAGAGCACCAAGCUUCUCCAGGGAGGCCACAGGGUGCUGCCUUGGGAGUGUGCGUCCUGCCCCGAGAUCCUGCAGCUGUGACUUUACACAGGGUGGAGGCGGGGUCACGACCCCUGCGCCUUGUUAUGAAAGCAGCGCAUUGUGUGGGGCGCAUCUGUGGUGCCUUUGUGUACAUGUGCACCCAAGUGCUCCAGGGAACAUGCAUGCAUACGCAUGAACAUGCACAUACGCCUGUGAGCACACAUGUAUGGGCACAUGCAUGGCACAUGCAUGCACACACCCAUGCACACGUGCCUUUGGGCACACCCGUGGGCACACACAUGCACACACCCACGCACACGUGCCUGUGGGCAUAUGCACCCACAGGCACACACAUGCACAUGAACAUGCACACAUGCCUGUGGGGACACACAUACGGACACACACAUGCACACAAACACGUGCCUGUGGGCACACACGUACAGGCACAUGCAUGCACACACCCACACACGCCUGUGGGCACACGCACCCAUGGGCACACACGUGCACACACCCACACACACAUGCCUGUGGGCACACACACCCCUGGGGGUCCCUGACAUCAGAUCUUGGCGGUGCUCACGCAGACGCAGGAGAUCAGAGGAUGGCUCGCCUGCAUCAACCACCAACGCGAGAAUGUGUUUAAAGGAAACGUGACUUUCUAAUGGGCCUUCAUUAACCAGGAUGCUGCUACAAUGGAGUUGGUGGAAGUCCCUAAGCAUUCUGCCUUCAUUGAAAGAUAAAGUGAUGUUUCUUUUGUGUGUAAAUGGAUACUGCUGUGUUUCCAAAAUGCUUAAAACAAUGUAGGCAUUUUAGGCUUCCCUUGGAAGACUGUUUUAUGACAAAAAAUGGUUUUCUGAGUAAACGUUACCCAGUCUCUGACCCAGUUAUAAAAAUACUGAAAUCAGUGAAAUCCAAAUGAAAUGCCUGUCAUUAAGGCCGCUGCAGGGAGAAGGGGUGGGGCCUGGACUCCGGACCCCUCCCACCUGGACUCUGGGCCCCUCCCACCUGGGCUCCGGGCAGCAACAGUCGCCCGCCCCAGGUUUGGGCUUAUGCCUGUGCCAUAUCUCCCGGUUUAAUUUGCAUUUUCUCGAGGGCUAAUGACAUGGAGCAUUUUUAAUACAUUGCUGGCCAUUUGUCUUUGGUGAUGUGUGUUCAAAUCUUUUGCCCCUUUUUAAACUGAAUUGUCAUCAUUUAUUGAGUUAUAAGAGUUCUUUAUAUAUUCUGUAUAUAAGUCUUUUAUCAGAUAACUGACUUACUAAUAUUUUUUCUAGUCUGUCUUUUCACUUUUUAUUUUUUUAAUUUUUAUUAUUUUUUUGAGACUGAGUUUCGCUCUUGUCACCCAGGCUGGAGUGCAGUGGUGCAAUCUUGGCUCACUGCAACCUCUGCCUCCCAGGUUCAAGCGAUUCUCCUGCCUCAGCCUCCCGAGUAGCUGGGACUACAGGUGCCCACCACCAUGCCCUGCUAAUUUUUGUAUUUUUAGUAGAGAUGGGGAUUUGCCAUGUUGGCCAGGCUGGUCUCGAACUCCUGAUCUUAGGUGAUUCGUUAGUCUCAGCCUCCCAAAGUGCUGGGAUUACAGGCGUGAGCCACAGCACUGGCCCUUUUCACUUUUUAAAUAAUGCUUUUAAUGCAAAAAAGUUUUUAAUGUUUUUAAUUUUGAUGAAGUUUGAUUUUCCAUUUAUUUUUCUUUUGGCACUUGUGCUUUUGGUGACAGAUCUAAGACAUCUUUACCUGACUUUAGGGUGCAGGUUCAUUCUCAUUUUCUUCUGAGAGGCUAGUAGCUCCAACCCUUACACCCUUACAGAUGGGUGCGGGGUCUGAGCUCAUUUCUGUGUGUGGCUGGGGUGGGGCCUGUGCCAUUGGUGACUGUGUGGACGCCCCCCUGGCCCAGCACGUUGACCUUCCUUUGCUAUCAGAAUGGUUCCUCCCUGAAUAACUUACAUCUUUCCUAUUUUGGACCUUAGCAUCAAUGUGCAUGAAAGUGGGCUUGUUUUCAGUUCUGAGUUGGUGGUAGCUGUGCGUGCACCGCGGUAAUCGCCAGCAGGUCCGGCGUGGGGAGGAAACUAACCCCACCUGUGCCAGCCCAGGACAACAGGGAGGUUUGCUGAAUGGCAAAGCCCACUGGCUUCUGCUUCUUUAUUGGGGGUGUGGUUAUUUCAAGUCUCCUCUGUGGGGCGGCUGCAUCUCCUGGUGACUCACGCAUGGGCGGCCUGAGCCAUGUACUCUGUAAGCACAGUCAGCAGCGGGGUCCUCUACCCCAGGAGCAAGGGCGGCUGGGCAGUCAGCAGCAGGGGCCUCUCCUCCGGGAGCAAGGACUUUAAGUACAGUCAGCGGUGGGGGCCUCUCCCCCAGGAGCCAGGACUCUAAGUACAGUCAGCAGUGGGGGUCUCUCCCCUAGAAGCGAGGACUCUAAGCACAGUCAGCAGCGGGGGUCUCUCCCCCAGGAGCGGGGACUCUAAGCACAGUCAGCAGCGGGGGUCUCUCCCCCAGGAGCCAGGACUCUAAAUACAUUCAGCAGCGGGGGCCUCUCCCCCAGGAGCAAGGACUCAAAGUACAGUCAGCAGCGGGGGUCUCUCCCCCAGGAGCGGGGACUCUAAGCACAGUCAGCAGCGGGGAUCUCUCCCCCAGGAGCCAGGACUCUUAAGUACAGUCAGCAGCGGGGGUCUCUCCCCCAGGAGCGAGGACUCUAAGCACAGUCAGCAGCGGGGGCCUCUCCUCCAGGAGCGAGGACUCAAAGUACAGUCAGCAGCGGGGGCCUCUCCCCCAGGAGCCAGGACUCUAAGCACAGUCAGCAGCGGGGAUCUCUCCCCCAGGAGCCAGGACUCUAAGCACAGUCAGCAGCGGGGGUCUCUCCCCCAGGAGCGAGGACUCUAAGCACAGUCAGCAGCGGGGGCCUCUCCCCCAGGAGCGAGGACUCUAAGCACAGUCAGCAGCGGGGGCCUCUCCCCCAGGAGCCAGGACUCUAAAUACAUUCAGCAGCGGGGGCCUCUCCCCCAGGAGCCAGGACUCUAAGUACAGUCAGCAGCGGGGGCCUCUCCCCCAGGAGCGAGGACUCAAAGUACAGUCAGCAGCGGGGGCCUCUCCCCGAGGAGCCAGGACUCUAAGCACAGUCAGCAGCGGGGGUCUCUCCCCCAGGAGUGAGGGCGGCUGGGCAGUCAGGACUUUGUACUGGAUCUCUGGAUAAAAGGAGCGGUCCAAGGCACUGGAGUGCUGUGUUUUAUGUUUAAUGCAUAAAGGGAGCCACUGCCUGCCCCAAACCAGGUACCUUCAAAACAUCACGAUGGCCCUGAGGCUGCACCUAGACCUGAGCACGUAGCAUGGAAGUCAUUCUGGCAGUGGCCAUGGUCUCUGUGGAGGUCUCAGCUUCCGGGCCGCCAGGUAGCCCAGUACAGAAGUUCAUCUGUGCAGCGCAAAGGCUGGAGGUGGAGGCCGGGGAGCAGCUACGAAGCCCUUCACCCCACAGGGAGCCGCAGCCCGUUUUACGGAGAAGACUUUUACUGUGAAAUUCCUCGGAGCUUUCGUCACCUGUCCUUCUACAUUUUCGAUAGAGAUGUUUUCCGGAGGGAUUCCAUCAUAGGGAAGGUGGCCAUCCAGAAGGAGGACUUGCAGAAGUACCACAACAGGGACACCUGGUUCCAGCUGCAGCACGUGGAUGCUGACUCGGAAGUGCAGGGCAAAGUGCACCUGGAGCUGCGGCUGAGCGAGGUCAUCACAGACACUGGGGUCGUCUGCCACAAGCUCGCCACACGCAUCGUCGAGUGCCAGGGCCUCCCCAUCGUGAAUGGGCAAUGUGACCCCUACGCCACCGUGACGCUGGCAGGACCCUUCAGAUCAGAAGCAAAGAAGACGAAAGUGAAGAGGAAGACCAACAACCCCCAGUUCGAUGAAGUGUUUUAUUUUGAGGUGACCCGGCCCUGUAGCUACAGCAAGAAGUCCCACUUUGACUUUGAGGAGGAAGACGUGGACAAGCUCGAAAUCAGAGUCGACCUCUGGAAUGCCAGUAACCUGAAGUUUGGAGAUGAAUUCCUGGGAGAACUAAGGAUCCCGUUGAAAGUCCUGCGGCAGUCUAGCUCCUACGAGGCGUGGUACUUCCUCCAGCCCCGGGACAAUGGUAGCAAGAGCCUAAAGCCAGAUGACCUGGGCUCCCUGCGGCUGAACGUGGUAUACACGGAAGACCACGUGUUUUCUUCUGACUAUUACAGCCCUCUGCGGGACCUGCUGUUGAAGUCUGCGGAUGUGGAGCCCGUGUCAGCGUCUGCGGCCCACAUCCUGGGCGAGGUUUGCCGGGAGAAGCAGGAGGCGGCCGUCCCGCUGGUGCGGCUCUUCCUACACUAUGGCAGGGUGGUGCCCUUCAUCAGUGCCAUCGCCAGCGCGGAGGUGAAGCGUACCCAGGACCCCAACACCAUCUUCCGAGGAAACUCACUGGCGUCCAAGUGCAUCGACGAGACCAUGAAGCUGGCGGGGAUGCAUUACCUGCACGUCACCCUGAAGCCCGCCAUCGAGGAGAUAUGCCAGAGCCACAAACCCUGUGAAAUCGACCCUGUGAAGUUGAAAGACGGAGAAAACCUCGAAAACAACAUGGAGAACCUACGGCAGUAUGUGGACCGCGUCUUCCACGCCAUCACCGAGUCUGGGGUGAGCUGCCCGACCGUCAUGUGUGACAUCUUCUUCUCGCUCCGGGAGGCGGCGGCCAAGCGCUUCCAGGAUGACCCGGACGUCAGGUACACUGCAGUGAGCAGUUUCAUCUUCCUGAGGUUCUUUGCACCCGCCAUUCUCUCCCCCAACCUCUUCCAGCUCACGCCGCACCACACGGACCCCCAGACGUCCAGGACGCUGACAUUGAUCUCCAAGACCGUUCAGACCCUCGGCAGCCUGUCCAAGUCCAAAUCUGCGAGUUUUAAGGAGUCCUACAUGGCUACAUUUUAUGAAUUCUUCAAUGAGCAGAAAUAUGCUGAUGCGGUGAAGAAUUUCUUGGAUCUGAUUUCGUCCUCGGGGAGAAGAGACCCCAAGAGUGUUGAGCAGCCCAUCGUGCUUAAAGAAGGGUUCAUGAUCAAGAGGGCACAAGGACGGAAGCGCUUUGGGAUGAAAAAUUUUAAGAAGAGAUGGUUUCGCUUGACCAACCAUGAAUUUACCUACCACAAAAGCAAAGGGGACCAGCCUCUCUACAGCAUUCCCAUCGAGAACAUCCUGGCAGUGGAGAAGCUGGAGGAGGAGUCUUUCAAAAUGAAAAACAUGUUCCAGGUCAUCCAGCCAGAGCGUGCACUGUACAUCCAGGCCAACAACUGCGUGGAGGCCAAGGACUGGAUUGACAUUCUCACCAAAGUGAGCCAGUGCAACCAGAAGCGCCUCACCGUCUACCACCCGUCCGCCUACCUGAGCGGCCACUGGCUGUGCUGUAGGGCGCCAUCCGACUCAGCUCCGGGCUGCUCGCCCUGCACUGGCGGCCUCCCAGCCAACAUCCAGCUGGACAUUGAUGGGGACCGUGAGACGGAGCGUAUCUACUCCCUCUUCAACUUGUACAUGAGCAAGCUGGAGAAGAUGCAGGAGGCCUGUGGGAGCAAAUCUGUGUAUGACGGCCCGGAGCAGGAGGAGUAUUCGACGUUCGUCAUUGACGACCCCCAGGAGACCUACAAGACGCUAAAGCAAGUCAUCACUGGGGUUGGGGCUUUGGAGCAGGAGCACGCCCAGUAUAAGAGGGACAAGUUCAAGAAGACGAAAUAUGGAAGCCAGGAGCACCCCAUCGGAGACAAGAGCUUCCAGAACUACAUCCGGCAGCAGUCCGAGACCUCCACUCAUUCCAUUUAAAGUCUGUGGGACGCACCCAGUGGUGCCAGCAACCUGCCCAUGCAAAGCCGCAGCCUUUGGGAGGGAAAAGAGAAGGAAGAGCGCAGAGCCGGCAAAGUGAGAUGCACGCCGUCCCGGCCCAUAGACAAGUGGCGCUGGGGUUUCCCUCUCCCAGAACCGCUGCCACCACCGCCACGCCUUCCGCAGAAAGCCCACCUGGCCUUGUGGAACGUGUCGUCCUUUGAUUCUGUGCUUUUUGCUCCUUGUUUGUGGGGAUCUGGGGAUCAGCUGAAGGAUCAGGAAGUGUGGGCUGUGCCCUAGCCACAUCACAGCCAGCCUCAGGGAGCCACGGCCCGUCUAGUCGACUGUGACAUGCACCUCCAGCCGUGUGUGCGUCAGUCUCGUGCACGUCUGUCUUGCGUGCACGGUGCGUGUGACACUGGGCUCUGUGGCUCUGUGCCCGGGAGGCCUGCUGGCCCUGCCUCGGCUUUCGGCUUCAUCACAUUGGGAGGUUCAGAGCAUUACUCUCCCACUGUGCCUGCCAUCCAGGCAGCCUUGGGAGGCGGCCUCCCUGUUCCACUUUCGAGGUUCGUUUGAUUCCUGGCUGAGGGGUCAGUUUUAUGGCUGGGAGGUGCAGAACUACACAGAAGUCCCAGUCUGAGGAUGUCCUUGGUGCUUGGGGGAUACGGGUUCUGUCCACAGAGUCCCUUGGAGGGAAAGGUGUGGGCUCCAGCUUCUCCAGGCGUCUGCGGAGCCCACAGUUAAAGCCCACAUCGUUUUGCUGUUGAAUGGGGUUUAAAAUCAGAAUUAACAUUUGCCACCCCCCGUGGAAGUUUGAAGAUUUUAAAAAUAGAAAUGUACAUUUUUCAAGCUGUUUUUCUUUAUGUUUUUGAAGGACCAUUUUUAAUUAGCUCUUUGAUACAAAGUAACUCAGAACGUCAAAACCUAUACCCACUAAAGGGAAGGCUGCCGGGAAGGCAAAUGGAACAGGAAUGGAGCCUGUCUCAGGAAGGCCAGCUGCAGGUCCUCCAGAAAAUCAAAGAAGGGAAGAAACUCUGAGUUUGAGGUACAGGGGCUUCGGGGUGCAGACGUCCCUCCAGGGCCCAUGGUCAGUAUUGCACCUGUGUUAUGAACCCCCAGAUGCUGUGCAGGGCAGGGGCGGGGGCUGCUGUUUUAUUGGGGAGGGGAGAUCCUAAAAAUGGGGUCCAGGCAGACCCCUCCAGACCUCACACUGCCGAGGAGGCCUUUCCCAAAGGGCGUCCUCCCGGGAUGCAGACGGCAGGUGUGUGGGAAGCGCCGUUUAAAUACACAGCACGACGUAUCCUUGUACCGACUGCUCCUGGUUCUUGUUUGAAAAUACUGUAGUUCAGGCUCUUGAUCUAGAUGGCAGAUAGGAACUUUCUUGUCACAAAAAUACUGGAGGAAAAUGUUGUAAAAAUAGACUUUUGGACACACAGCUGUUGGGGCUGCACUGAGCUGCAAUUUUUAACAUGGAUUUAUAACUUAAUGUUUCUGUUUAUAAAAUACUAAUGAUUUGCAAUGUAUUUUACUGGCCAAUUAAAACAGAUGUUUUAUUCUU